AUGACGGCAACCGCAUCCUCUUCCAAGAUGCAGCUCUUUUCGACGGAAGACGUGUCGAAGCACAACAUCCCCUCCGACUGCUGGGUCAUUCACCGUGGCAAGGUCUACAACGUCACCGAGUUUGUCGAGGACCAUCCGGGUGGAGAUGACCUCAUCCUCCAGUACGCCGGCAAGGACAUGGGCGAAAUCAUGGACGAUCCGCAGGAGCACUCUCACUCCGACUCGGCCUACGAGGUGCUCGACGAGUACAUCAUCGGGCGCCUCCCCACCACCGAUACCGAGAUUGCGGCGCUCAACGAACGCAGCGCCAAUGGCGGAUACUCUGGCAAGGACGAUUCGAUCCUCAUCACCGAGGAUUUCCACCCGGAGGAGACUGACAACUCGUCCGAUUACAAGACGCACAAGUUCCUCGACCUCAACAAGCCGCUUAUGCCCCAGAUGCUGCGUGCCAAUUUCAGCAAGCAGUUCUACCUCGAACAGGUGCAUGCGCCACGCCACUUGAAGGAACCCGCUCGCUUCUUCGAUCAGGACUAUCUCGAAGUGUUUACGCGCACCUCAUGGUACGUUGUCCCCAUGGUCUGGCUGCCCAUCGCCUCGAUCAUCUUUUUCCGCUCCGCUACGCAGUUCGCCUCCAACCUCGCAAAGACGCCGCUCAACGCCUCCACCUGGUACGAGGCCGCUUCCAAACCUACGCAGUUCGACGCCUCGGUGUGGUCCGUCGCAGUCACCCAGUCCGCCAUCUGCUGGGCGGUCGGUGUAGUCAUCUGGACACUGCUCGAAUAUUUCAUCCACCGCUUCCUCUUCCACAUCGACGAAAUCCUCCCGGACAAGCCCAUGUUCCUCACGCUCCACUUCUUGCUGCAUGGCGUACACCACUACUUGCCCAUGGACAGGCUGCGUCUCGUCAUGCCUCCGCUGCUUUUCUUCGUGCUCAGCUAUCCCUUCACCCAGCUGGCGCACACGCUUUUCCCGAAUGCAAUUGCCAACGGAAUCAUCAGCGGCGCGUUCUCCAUGUACGUCGUCUACGACUGCAUGCACUAUGCGCUGCACCACACAAAGCUGCCCCAGUACAUGCGCGAGAUGAAGAAGUACCAUCUCGAGCACCACUACAAGAACUUCGAGCUGGGUUUCGGCGUCACCUCCAAGGUGUGGGACUACGUCUUCGGUACCCAGCUCUGA